CGUCUAGGGUUUAGUAGAUAAACUCACAUCAAAGCUCGCGCCGCUCUUUCAUCUCUGUGGCGGCCUGAGCUUUGCGAAAAUGGUUCAACGGCUUGUUUACCGAUCACGCCACUCUUACGCCACCAAAUCAAACCAACACCGCAUCGUCAAAACUCCUGGUGGGAAGUUGACUUUCCAGACGACGAAGAAGAGAGCUAGUGGACCUAAGUGCCCUGUCACUGGCAAGCGAAUCCAAGGGAUUCCUCAUCUGAGACCUGCUGAGUACAAGAGGUCGAGGUUGUCGAGGAACAGGAGAACAGUGAACCGUGCAUAUGGUGGUGUUCUCUCUGGGCUAGCUGUUAAAGACAGGAUCGUUAGGGCGUUCUUGGUUGAAGAGCAGAAGAUUGUGAAGAAGGUUUUGAAGCUUCAGAAGUUUAAGGAGAAGACUGCACCAAAGAGUUAGAUAACUUCUUUUGUGGAGAGUUUUGCAGUAAAGUGAUGUGUGAGAGGAAUAUGUCUUUGUAAGGGAGAUCGUUAGACAUGAGUGAGUUUGAUUCACCAGAUUUUGUUAUUUUGACUUCAGUUGAGAUAUUACUUUUCAUGA